UCCGUCGCGUAGGUGGCGUGCUCGGAUGUCCGAGAAAAAAAUGGCUUUGGGACAAAGGGACUGGGGAUCCUCGCCAGCGAUGUGGGCUGACAAAUAAUAGUCCGAGUCUCCCGUUGCACCUCGUCGCCGAGUGGGAAGCAGCUGUCAAUUAUGACGCUUUCGUCGCCCGAGCCCAGCGGAACCGAGAGUACUCGCAACUGACGCGCUGCCCCCCGGUCGAGACCCUCGCCGACGAUCCUUGGAAUGAAAAUAUGUUCAGUCCUGUACAGAUAAAGCACGAAUGUACAACUGUAGAGGAUGUCAGUGCGAGCGGUAGGAUUAGCAGUUCGGACAGCCCCUUGUAUCCUUUUAUCAAUCAGGAUGUCGAGUACAAGCACCGCCAGUUGUCGCAGUUCUGGGAGCAGACCCAGCUGUCGGACGAGAUGCCCGCCAAGCUCGGGAUGCACGAUCAGCAGGCCAUGUUCCAGGCGGAAGAAGCUGGCGGCUUGUCGUACGUGAAGGAUUACGUACAGAAUGGUAUGUUCUAUCCGGCAGAUCAAGAGGAUGGCAACAAUCAGAUGCCGACGGGCAACCAGUGUGACCAGAGUACGAGUAACAUCAUGACGGUACAGGAAGCCAAGUCGCAAGCCUUGCAGAAUCUAGAGGACGUCGGUCAGACGUUGGCGGCCCAGUCGCUGAGCGCUGGGAAAAGCAAUCGUCUCGGGAGACCGUCGAAAAGUACCGCGGAGCCAGGCGCGGGGAAGAAGCUGAAAUGCCAAUGUGAGAUCUGCUUCAAGGAAUUCGGACACAAGAGCAAUUUGUUCAUACACAUGAGAACGCACAACGGGGAGAGGCCGUAUAAAUGCAACCAAUGUGACAAGUGUUUUACGCACAGUGGAAACCUGGCCAUACACAUGAGAACGCACUCCGGUGAACGCCCGUACGGUUGUCAGGUAUGCGGGAAAAUGUUCAGCCACAGUGGCAAUCUCUCGACUCACCUGAGAACUCACUCGGGCGUCAAGCCCUACAAAUGUGGCGUGUGUGGUAAAGAGUUUAGGCACAGUGGUAACUUGUCGAUACACGAGAGGAUACAUUCCGGGAUCAAGCCGUUUCAAUGUAAGAUCUGCGGGAAGGAGUUCUAUCACAGCGGCAAUUUGACGACUCACAUGAAGAAACAUCGUGUAAAUACUGACGCGGGCGCAGCUGACUGUGAGAACAAUCAAAAGCACGCACUGCAUACUGGUACGGAUGUUAACACUACCGCUUCUUCAAAUUACUUAAAUAAUGUGUCUUUAACGCUCAAUGAUGACAUUAAAUUAAUGCAUAAUACUAGUAAUGUGGUUCCUAUAAAGAAUGAAAGUACAGAGGAUACUGUAUUGAACACUAUGGGAAGAUUAACAUCCACUUCUAGUUGAAGGUACAUACGAUUAUUAUUAAGCAGGAUGAGUUGUAUAAUUUGUUACAGUUGAUUAUCGAUGGCUAGCCAAAAAAUUGAAAAGAAAUCCUUGAUGCCUUAAUAAUAAGAAAGUACGUAUCAUCCGUUAUGUAUAAUUUCUUUGUAAAAAUGUAAAAUUAAUUUUUUGCAUUUUAAGAGGGCCUGUUGAUCUCAAAAUAUACAAGCUGUUACUCCCAAGUUUUUCAAUAAUUAGCUUGAUAGAUAUUGAUUUGUAACAAUUAUAUAUGAUACAUCCUGUUAAAAAAA